AUGAGCAGCGGCUACGCCCAGAACUGGUACAAGGGCGUUGACGACAGCGACGACGAGGACGACAUCUCCGAGGAGUACCGCCACACCAAAGACUCGAUCCUGUGGUGCAUCGAGGCCACCCCGACCAUGCUCGCCCCGCUCCUCUGCGCCGACUCGUCCAGCCGGGAUCCGUCUCAGCCCACCCCGUCCAGCUCGGCACGCCCGGCCACCCACAACCUCGACUGGACCGGGCCGCCGGCCAAGAGCAAGAUGGAGGAGUGCCUGCGCUGCGCCUACGCCAUGAUGCGCCGCCGGGUCAUCUCGUCGCCAAAGGACCUCGUCUCGAUCCUCAUCUGGAACUGCGACAGCAAGGGCACGGGCGAGACGAGGGCCGAGGACGGCUGCCACGUCCUCCUCGACGUCCAGCCGAUCACGGCGCACAACAUCCGCACCCUCAAGGAGAUCCUCGAGAAAGCGCAGGAGGACGAGAACUACCUCAACGAGCUCUUCAAGCCCGUCAACGGCGCCAACGCGAUCGGCAGCGCUCUCGCCAUGGCCAACAGCAUGUUCCGCGAGCGCUCGCCGACCGCGCAGAACCGCAUCUUCUGGGUCACGGACAACGACGACCCGCUCUCGGGCGAGGAGCAGCUCUACGGCCCGAUAAGCAAAAGGCGCGAGGACUUGCGCGAGAUGGGCUACGAGAUCGAGCCGUUCUUCGUGCCGCCAACCUUCGACGCCGACUUUGACCUCGACAAGUUCUACGGCGACUUUAUCGCGCUCGACAGCGACGAGGGUGAGCCGACGGCGUGGCCCGUCGUCAGCAAGAGCCUGCGUGUCGCGCUCGACGGCAUGAUCGCGAGCCUGCGCACCAAGGAGGCGGUCAAGCGCGUGUCGUUCAAGAUCCCGUUCGUUCUCGGCAAGGACCUCAGCAUCGGAAUCGUCGGCUACAACCUCAUCGGCGAGGAGACGAAGCGCCUGCCGACCAAGGUCGACCUGUCCACGGCCGAGGGCGUCGAGGUAGUCACCAAGACCGUCUACAAGGACCAGGACACGGGCGCGCUGCUCGACCGCAAGAGCGAGGUCAAGAAGUACUUCCAGGUCGGCCGGGCCGACAUCGAGCGCGGCACGCAGGCGAGCAAGCUCUUCUUCUCCGACGCCGACAUCCGCAAGGUCAAGACACUCGGUCGGCCGCCAAGCCUGAAGCUGCUCGGCUUCAAGCCUCGCGAGGGCCACCUCAAGGUGUGGGAAACGAUCAAGCACUCGUACUUCAUCUACCCGGACGAGGAGCGCUACAGCGGCUCGACCCGCACGUUCGCCUCGCUCCUCAAGACGAUGGUCAACAAGGACGUCAUUGGCUACGCGUCGUUCAUCCCGCGCACGACGAGCAAGCCGCAGGUCGUCCUCCUCCUUCCGCAGGCCGAGAAGCUCAGUGACGCCGGUGUCCAAGUCGCGCCGCCCGGCAUCCACCUCAUUCAGCUUCCCUUCGCCGACGACAUGCGCGAGCUCGGCGUCGACUCGACACUCACGGUCAUGCGUCCAUAUGGAGAAGACGACGACGAGGAGCCCGAGCAGCCCGAGGUCGACCUCUGCAAGAAGAUCAUCUCGUACAUGCGCAAGCUCUACAACCCCGACCUGUUCCCCAACCCUGCGCUCAACUUCUUCUACGAGACGCUCGCCGCCGUCGCCCUGAACGAGGACCUGCCCGAGCCGGACGACCGCACGGUGCCGGCGUACGAGACGAUCGACCAGCGCGUCGGCAAGUACAUCCGCCAACUGCGCGACCUCGUCCCGCAGGACCAGAACGACCCGUCACGCGUGACGACGUCGAGCAAGAAGCGCAUCGGCGGCACGGCCUCGUCGAAGAAGGGCGCCACCGACGACGACGACCCGCCGCCCGACCUGAGCGACUUUGUCGACGACGUGCGCCAGAACGCCAAGAUGACGGUCGCGAGGCUCAAGGACGUGCUCAAGCUGAUGCGCGAGCCGACGAGCGGCAACAAGGCCGACCUGUUCCAGAGGGCGAUGAACUACCUCAAGGAGCACGGGCUGUGGGAGUCGGCGCCGGCCAAGGGGAAGAAGGGGACCAAGGUGAAAGGGUCGGACGACGAGAUGGAGCUCGGCGAUGACGACGACGACGACGCCAAGCCGCACAAGAAGAAGAAGAAGCGUGUCGCGCUCGACGACGACGACGACGAGUGAGAAGCUUCGUCGUUGUCGAUACCCUUCCUCUCCCCCCCGCCAGCGUCGUCCUUGCAGUACCGCUUUGUCCGUUGUAGCACCCUUUGCAAGUCUCUGCCUCUACGAUC